AUGGAAGCCGACAAAAUAAAAAAGAAGCUCAACGGUUCCAUUCUCAAGGGCAAGAAGUUCAAGGUCGAUACCGCUCGCCCGAAGAAAAGGUCAAGGGAUGAAGACGAAGUCGACACUGCUCCCCAAAAAUCAUCAUCCGAGAGGAAGUCCUCGAAGAAAUCCAAGAAGCUGAAAGCGGGCGAGGAAGUUCUGGAUGGCUAUGAGCUCCCGACGGAUCGCCAAGUAAAGAGGGGCUGGACCGAGUCGGCAGAUUCGAAGCAGGAAAGGCGCAAGGAAGAGAAAAAGAAGAAGAAAAGUAAAGACGAAAAGUCCGCAAAGUCGCAGGCCAAAUCCAAGUACACCGAAAAGGCCGAAUGUCUAUUCCGCACAAAACUACCACCCAAUAAGACCUCCGCCGACGAGGCCACAGAGACAAAGGCCAAGAAGAAGAGCAAGAAAUCCGCGCAGGAAACGGUUGUUCACGAGUUCUCCAAGACCGUUACGCAUCCGAGUUUCCUACGUUCUGGGGAUGAGCAAUCAGCCCCCACAGUUGGAUUUGAAGAGGGUAAAGGCUGGGUAGAUGAGGCAGGGAAUGUGAAAGAGACGGCCAGCGAUCGGAUAAGAAGUGAUAAGUAUAGGCCAGGACAGGUACCCGGAGCCAAGGAGAAGCGAAAGGCCGCAAAGAUUGUGAAGGAUGAAGUUGCCUCUCCCAAGAAGGCCACAAGUCAAAAGACAAAGGCUGUCGAGGAAGUCAAGUCUGAUGAGGAGUCGGAAGACUGGACCUCGUCUAGUGGAGAGUUUUCUUCCGAUGAAGAUUCUACAGAUUCUGAAAGCGAUCAGGAGUCGACUGAUUCAUCGGCUGAGUCGAAUGAUUCAUCCAGCAGCGACGAUGAUACAUCGGUUCGGUCAAAAAAGCGCGAGCAAGAGAAAGUAGCUUCCGAAUCAAAACCCGCCGUGGAUCAAACUGCUUCAGCCGUGGAUGAUAACCCACCGCCCCCACAAACUGUCCACCCACUGGAAGCGCUUUUCAAGAGACCCCCGCCGGGUGCCCCUGAGGCGAAGCCUGAGACAGAGGGGCAUGCGCCGUUCAGCUUCUUUGCGCAAGAUGAUAUAGAAUCGGAAGAAGAGGUUGAAGAUAAGCCGACCGAACCGCAUACGCCGUUCACCAAGAGAGAUCUACAAGACCGAGGAUUAAGAAGCGCUGCCCCGACCCCCGACACGGCUUUGAUAGGUCGGGGAAUUAACUGGAAGACCACGGGACGGCCUGAUCCUAUGGACAUAGAUGAUGAGACGCACCUGAAUACUCCAGUUCCCAAACCCGCACCUGGGCCGAAGGAAGACUCGGAAUUUACCAAAUGCUUUGAUAGAUUUUGCAUAAUUGGCAUGCUUGCCCAGGCAAGCAUCAUGUUCAACUUCGUCACACGACUUUUUAUCGUUGGUUCAUGA